AUGCGUCCUUCUGCAGUGCUUCGGUCCCCCCAUUGGCUCACAGGCUUGAAAGCAACCCAAUUGCAGCGCAUAGCGCGAGCAACGGGCAUCCAAUCGUCUGGGACCAAAGGUCUCCUCGUUGAACGCAUUGCUGCACAGUUAGGGUUACAGUUGGACGGGGACAGUGUUGCAAAUCCCACUGGUUCCAUCCCCAGCAAUGCCAGUCAGGGCCAGGAUCGCCAUCGAAAUGUCGACUGUGGAUCGACAAACAAUCAUUCCAAAGGCUCAACCCAGAACAGCUCGUCCAAACUACAUGCGAAACCAUGGAGCAUUCUCAGCAUCGACAUGGGCAUCCAGAACCUGGCUUUUGCGCAUCUGCACCUCCCCCGCUCGCAUGGGACCGAUCACGCAAACCCACAGAUGCCGGUGUUAACAGCCUGGCAUCGACUGGCUGUGUCUGAGAUCGCGAGUUUGAAUCUCGCUGGUGCUGAAAAUCCCUUGCAGACGGAAUAUUCGUCGAUUUCCAAGUCGGACGCUUCAGAUAAGUCUGCAAAGGGAUCUAAGUCUAAAUCGACAUCGAAAUCUAAGGAGGUGGAGUCUUUUUCGCCAGACCUGUAUGCCGCCACUGCCUACAAUCUCAUCAAAUCUCUCUUAACCGCCUACCAACCAACUCAUAUCCUCAUUGAGCGCCAGCGCUUCCGCUCAGGUGGUGCAAGUGCUGUUCAGGAAUGGACGCUGCGCGUCGGUGUCUUUGAAGGAAUGCUAUAUGCCGUUUUGCAUGCACUUCGCAUGGAAAGGGGAGACGUGAUCACCGUACAGGGCGUCGAGCCAAGGAGGGUAGUAAGAUAUUGGCUAGACCAGUCUGCCGCAGAGAAAGAGAGGCUCAAGGCUCGAGAAGUUAAAAAGGCGAAGAUCGAUGUUGUUGGAAGCUGGAUUUCCGCUGCACGGGGUGAACCUUCGAUGGACUCCAGACCCAUUGGAAAACAGCAGCAGCUGUUACUGGGGAGUUCCUCUGUGGAUAAGAUUCUGCUGGCAGAGCCAUCCGCAUCACCUGCCUUGGAGGGCAUUGUAAAUGAGUAUAUGAGGAAAUGGCAGGGACAGCCAAAACCAAAGAAGACGCGAGCUUCCAAAGGAACAUCAACACCAGACCCUCUGCCAGUCGAGGCUGUCGAUAUUGGGAAACUAGAUGAUCUGGCAGAUUGUUUAUUGCAAGGUGUGGCGUGGGUUGAGUGGCAGGCGAUGCGAGAACUCCUCGUACGGGAUGGGCCCAGGGCUUUAGAUGAUAUUUAG